GACUGGAGGGGUGGUAGUGGGGGGAGAAAAUGUGGCCCAUGCUUUCUGCUAACCAAAGAAACAGGCUAGAACCUGGGACGAACCCUUUCCCAAACUUUGCCCGCGAAAACAUUCGACCUCACCAGCGACGCUCAUUUCCGUCGAGGGCGGAGCUUAUGAGUCAAGAUGCACCCUCACUUGCAUACAAAAGACAACAUAGCAUGCGAAGAAAUCAUGACUGCACUUGAGGAAUGCCACGCUCGGGGUUUCUUGUGGAAGUCGAUGGGCAUGUGUAAUGAUGCGAAACAUCAGGUCACCUUGUGCCUACGGGCCGAGCGAUUGAAGCGCACAGCUGUGAACCGGGAAGCCGCCAAGGUCAAGCGCGAGAAGGUCAAGAAGGUGUGGGCUGAAAUCGACGAGAAUUCAUGAACGAUCCCUUUGCGAGCGCCGAAAAAGCGGGAUUUCAAUACUUCGAUUCGUUGUACGAUAAAUGUAUAAGAUGUCAUGCAUUGCGCUGGGACACAGCAAGGCGUUUAACGGGGUUACUGG